CAGCUCAACGUGUCGUUGCCAUUUUCAUGCUGAGAUUUGUUUGCGUGUGUUCGUGUCCGAACCCAACUAGAACUCUCUCUCUCUCUCUCUCUCUCUCUCUUUCUCCUUCCUUCCUUCCUUUCCAAUUUCCAUGACCGAAACUUCUAAGUCACCAACCAACCAUUCAUUUUCUCACAAUUUACCCCAAAACCCAUAUAUUUAAAGCCAUAAAGCCUCUCUCUUUCUCUUUCUCUUUCUCACAAGGCCAAUCCGAUUACACUAAAUGACUCUUUCUCUUGUCCGCUCUGCUUCAAGAUUUGAAAAACCUUUUCAGCCGGCUUAGCUAUAUACAUAUAUAUAAAUAAUAUACACACACAUAUACUUGUAUUUGAAAUUUGUAAUUGGAUCGGAUAUUGGUAUUUUGAUUCAUCUGGGCACCGACAAAGAUCGGAUCUUUUUGGUUCAAUUCGUGUUCUUUCGUAAUUUUUACGAGGUGGGUCGAUCUGAAUUCGAGUUUAGAGUAUUGGGUUUUCUUGAUCGGUUAGGAGUUGUAUUUGAAAUGGUCUAUAUCCCUAGCUCAAUCUCGGUCUGCAAGUCCGUUGACCAAACAUCGCUGAUGCCAGUUUCAAUGAAUUUAUCUGAUUCAGGUGCUAAAUCUAAGCAUAACAAUCAUAUCCCCAAAACCAGAAAAUUACCCAAUUUGCCAAAUUGCUCAACAAUCCCUUAUUGCGAUCGAUCUCGAUCAGCUGUAGUAGAUGUUGUGAUUCUAAUUGCUGUGAUUUUCGCUUGUGGUUUUCUCAUAUUACCUUCACUAAAGUUCCUCUUUUUCGAAGCCAUUGAGUUAUUUGGUAUAAUCAUGGAUGUUCUCAAAGAAGAGAUUUCUCAAGCUCCAUUGAUUUAUGGAUCUGUAGUGUUAAGCAUUUGCUCUGCUGCAUUAGCUGCUUGGGGUGUGUUGGCAUGUACAAGUAGAAAAUGUGGGAAUCCAAAUUGCAAAGGUCUUAGAAAAGCUGCUGAAUUUGAUAUUCAAUUAGAGACAGAAGAGUGUGUCAAAAACUCAGCUUCAUCAUCAUCUUCUUCAAUGGUUAAAGAUGGAGUCAAAAAGGGUUUAUUUGAAUUGCCUCGUGAUCACCACCGUGAAUUGGAAGCUGAGCUUAAAAAGAUGGCACCACCUAAUGGUAGAGCUGUUUUGAUAUUCAGGGCAAGGUGUGGAUGUUCUGUUGGUAGAUUGGAAGUUCCAGGGAUAAAGAAGCAGCAACAAAGAAAGAUCAAGAAGUAGGCCUUUUCUUUUCUUUCUUUUCCUUAAAUAUAUUGAAAAAAAUCAUAGGGAAGAUAGAGAUGAAUACAGGAGUAGUCUUAAUGCAGAGAGAAAAAGGGUGUCUUUUUUCUCUUUUGAAUCUUCUCUUAGAACUAUGUUGUUCUUAAUAAAAUUUAGUUAAUGGAAUAAUAAAGUUUGUAAGGACCAUUUUACAGUUGGUUGGUAUAGAGAACAAUAUAAAGAAAAAUCUUUACUGAAA